AUUCAACUAUCUGUCAAAGAUUUUCCCGCUGAAAUUAGAUGAUAGACCAUCAAAAAGGAAAAUCUAUCUCGUCAAUCCAUGUUGUAAUGUGAGACUUUCUUCUUGGUAAAACGUGUGUAUGUUUGUGUAGGCCCCCCCAAUCCGAGAGAUCCGCAACACAUUAGUAUUCUGAUAAUAGUUUUUCAUUGAUUUAUUGAUAUCGAAAGAAUGAUUCAAAAGCCGCCGCUACUCAAGUUGCGAAAUCUCAAAGAGUUACAAUGCAGUCAGAAACUAAAGGCCGAAGCGGAAACGCAACCGCCAGAGACGCCAGCAAAGCAAAAGAAACCUGUGAAGAAAAAAGUGAAACUUGAAGAACAGAACAAUUCUACGCCGCCUGAGGGUUUACCCGAUGUUGUUGUGCAGGCGCAGCAGCCACCUCCAACGACAGGAAAACGCACAAAAUCAGCUCGAAAAGAGCCACCGCCCAAUCAAUUGCGCAUAAAUGCAUUUUUCAAGACCUGCGAGAAAACCUAUAGAAUUGAGCCGCUAAAAGAAGAACCCACGCCAUUUCGUAAGUCAACGACAGAAGUAAAGAAAUUGGAAACCGAUAAGAAAACAGCGCAGCGGGGAAAUUUCCGUUCCAAACUAACGGGACGCAAACGACUGUUUGUAGAUGAUGAGGAUGACGAUGCACUUGACAAAAAACCCCAAAGUAAAAAAUCAUCACCCAAUAGAAGAGCCAGGAAAACCAAUACAAUGCCAAAUAAUAACAGCGAUUGUGUAAAUUUAAUAUCUGAUAGUGAGGUGGAGGAGGAAGAAGAAGACAAACAAGUGGAUUCGAAAACGUCUUUAAAUAUUAAACCCGAACCAAUCUCACCCAUAGGCGCAAAUCAAAUUGUAAAACAUGAAUAUAGUUCUGAUAACAAUUCCAAGUAUAGUACCACAACAUCUACAUUGUCCAGACCCAAGGUUUUUGAUUCAGGCACAUCAGGUGUUAACAAACCAAUUUCGAAAACCCCUUCAAGAUCAUCAAAAACCUCAAGUUCGAAAAAGACGCCACACUCCUCGCGGCGGAAACCCAAACCAUGUCCACCCUACAAAAUUGUUGAAGGCACUCGCUUUGCCGUGGAUGCCUUUCAAUAUGGUUACAUUGAGGGUGUUGAUUACUAUUUCCUAACACAUUUUCAUGCUGAUCAUUAUAUUGGACUGACAAGGAAAUUUGCCAAACCCUUGUAUAUGAGCAGCAUAACAGCACGUUUGGUACGCACAUUUAUACCCAUCGAGGAAAAAUAUAUCCAUGAACUACCCCUCAAUGAACCAGUUGAAAUCGAUGACAUUCAAGUUACUGCCUUGGAUGCCAAUCAUUGUCCCGGUGCUAUUAUGUUAAUGUUUCAAUCUAAAAAGCCCGAAAGAUGCAUACUUCACACGGGAGACUUUCGUGCUUACCAUGGCAUGGAAGAGGGUCACGUUUUUUGGAAUAACACAAUCGACACCAUCUAUUUGGAUACCACAUAUCUGUCGGAAAAAUACGCUUUUUGUACACAAUACGAAAGUAUCGAUAGAGCUAAACACUUGAUAGAUGCAUUUCGUCAAAAACAUUCGGAAAAGAGAAUUUUAUAUGUGUGCGGUUCAUAUGUUAUUGGUAAAGAGAAAUUUUGGUCAUCAUUGGCCGAAGAGUAUGAAUUGAAGGUGUGGACUGAGGAGAAUCGUAGCAAAGCUUUAAGAGCUAUCGAUGAGGAGAAAUACGGCGGCUUAUUGGUGGAAAGUCCUAGACAGGCACAAAUGCAUGUUAUAUCAAUGGGAAAAAUAUCAUAUUUGAGCUUGGUGGAGUAUUUCUCCUUCUAUGAACAGGACUAUGACAUACUGCUGGCCAUACGACCCAGUGGCUGGGAAAAGGAUACCCGGCCGCAAUAUCGUGGAAAAAUCAAUAUAAUUGGCAUUGAAUAUUCCGAACAUUCCAGUUAUAAAGAAUUGAAAAGAUUUGUACGAUUUUUAAAACCCCAAAAAGUCAUCAGCACUGUACCUGUGGGACGGGAUCUAAUGGUUACGGCAAAUGUACCUGAAAAUUGGUAUAAAUAUGAAAAAUUACAAAUCUCAACAAAUUAUCAACCGCGCAUCGAUCAGUAUUGUGGUCGUGCUACGCCACAACGGAAGCAAAUACUUUUACGCAAAGCAAAAAUGAAUAGCGAAGAUUUGGAGAAAUUUGUAUCGCCGCUAAAGCAAAGGAGCAAGGAAAUAAAUAAUAAUAACAAAAUUGAUAAAGAUGAUGAUGAUGUUGACAAUGAAGAUGAGCCAGAAAUCAAUUAUGUUCCAUCGGAAAGUGCGUCGGCCUAUGAGUUUGAUCCGCCGCUGAAAUUGAAAAAGUCCGAAAAGACCGGAAAAAUAAAGAAGGAAAAAGUGUCACCCAAAAAAGAGGUGAAGGUCAAAGCUAAUGGUGCUGGUGGUAGUCCCUGUAAAAAGGCAAUAAAAAAAUCACAAAAGAAAAUGGCCAACGAAACCAGUAAUGAUGUUGUCUUGAGCCAAACAUUAAAGGAAGGCGAAAGUUGUAGCCUUUUUAUUACAAAUUCUUCAGAUUAUUUUGAAACUACCAAACCGGUUGUUAAAACCAGGGGUAACAGACGUCGGAUUUCCAGCAGCUCUAGUGAAGAAUUUGAAGUAUCUCAAAAACGACAGCCUCGUGUCAAUGGGAAAUCAAAAACUUUACAAACCAUUGAUGAAGAGCCCAGUAAAAGUAUCAAGAUUGGAGAUCAAGAUAAAAAGAAAGCAGAAAACGUCAUUGAAUUUUGGUUGGAUGGUCCUUCAACAAGUAAGGAGGCCGCAAAAUGGAAUAAUCCUCUACUAAAAUCGUCUACAACUUCAACAUCAUCACAUGAAGACACAACCAGUACCUUAAGAUUUCCCCGCGAAAAGCCUGCCAGAAAUGAGGAAAUACCAGCCUCCCAAAACACACUAGAUUUAGAAAACACUCACCGGCCACUGAGGGAUAAAUUUAAAUAUUUGAGUCUACCAGAUAUUGUUCCUGCCUCACAGACAUCCAAAGAUUUGGAGAGUACACCACGGCCCCUGCGCAACAAAGUGGCAUGGCGUGAAUUUGCAAAAACUGACAAUGAAAUAAUACCUGCCUCGCAGACAACAGCCGAUUUGGCAAAUACACCCCGGCCCAUACGCAACAAAAGGAAGAACUCUAAGGCCUCGGGGCAAAAUUCAUCUGAUUCUUGUUCUAGUCCGCCGAAACGAAUUUUGAAUUCUAGUCCAGAGAACGAUGUUGAUUACAAUUUCGAAGAAAAAAAUCAUCAUCGACCACCCAGCAGUCCGGCACCAGCACAACUCAAUGCAUCCCAAAUUUUAACAAAAAUCCCCAAUAAAGAAGAAGAAGAAGCAGAAGACAUAGAUAUCUACAAUACCUCACAACUGAUAAGUAAAGUUGUGGCAUUAGCCGAUAAAAAGGUCGACACCAGUGUAGAUCAUAUUCCACCUGAAUUGUUAUCCGAUCCGGAUGCCGACGAUGAUUGGAUGGAAUGAUAGAUGGGCAUGCAAAAUUAAUUAUUUUCUUUCUUUUGUAAGGUUAUAGGUAAUAGAUUUACCAAUUUUUUUAUUAUUAAUUAUUAUUCUUUUUUAAAUCAUCAAUUUUAUUUUGUUUAAAAUAAUACAACCAGUUAUUAGUUAUUGUUAAGUAAUGGAAUUUAAUGUUGGUAAGAAAAUAAAAAUAUGCAAUUUUUUGUACUGUGAAGAAA